AUGUUUGAAGAUGUUGCUAAGGGGGCUAUAUCAUGGUUGCUCUAUGCGGAGGAUGAGCGUAAACUCAACAUCCCUGUUACUGUGACUCUGCUAUGCAGCGGUCUUGUCAGCACAUCGCUUCAGGAUCAACAGCUAGCGAAGAAUUUGUUUACUGAUCCUCGCCCCAGUUUGCAAAACUUCGCAGCCGGUCUCAUUCGCGAACGUCUAUCAAAUGACCCCCCAAUUGCUUCUCAGAGUCAAUGGACAAUUGACACAAGCUGGCGAUGCUAA